AUGUCUACUAAAUCUGCCCCACCGGCCCCAAGCGCUACACUAUUUUCUCAUAUUCCAGAUGCAAAGAAACAAGCUGCUGCCAAAGCUCCCGCUGUUGCUGUUGUGAAGCCAGCUGCAAGUGUAAUAGUCGUCGCUCCCAACGCUGCCGGCACCGGAAAAGGAAACGACUUCAAAGUACUCAUGCUCAAGCGAAAUGCAAGAGGCCCAUUCGGCGGCAUGCACGUCUUCCCCGGCGGAAAAAUCGACCCCGCCGACCACUCCAACGACUGGUCAUCGAUAAUCUCACCCACCCAAAUCGCCCGCUCACAAGCAAACCCCACCGUAUCCCUCGGCUGGAAGGUCGCCUCCAUCCGCGAAACAUUCGAGGAAUGCGGUGUGCAGCUCUUCACACCCCCGCUGUCUGCAUCGGCCGAUAAAGUCCAGGAAUGGCGAGACAAGGUGCAUCACAAGUCGACUAAUUUCAUUGAGAUGUGCAAGAGUAGUGGAGUUGCACCUGCUGUGGAGCGAGUUGUUUAUUGGUCUAAUUGGAUAACACCAAUCGUUGUCCCCAAACGCUUCGACACGCAUUUCUUUGUCGCUGUGCUGCCAUCCGCUGAUGCGCCUUCUGGACAACAGCAUGCUGCUGACGGAAAAGAAACCCUCUCGAUGGACUGGUUCACGCCCAACGAAGCCCUUGACGCCUUCUACAAGGGCACCAUCAAAUUCAUCACCCCGCAAUUCGUAAACUUGACCGAGCUGAGUCGUAUGACGUUUGCGGAUCUGGAAGCGUUUGUGUCAAAGGGUGUCGAGAGGCCUGGUAUUCGACCUAUAACUCCAGAGCAGGCUAAAGGGCCUGAUGGGACGACGUUUGCUGUUAUGCCGGGUGAUGCGUUGCAUUCGUGGACAAAGAAUACGGCUCCUGUGAAUGCCAAGAACCGUGUCAUUACUAUCAAGCAUAAGAAUAGGGAUGAGCUGCAGUGGGUUUGUGAGAAUAUGGGAUCAAAGUUAUAA